GAUCACUUCUUUCUUUCUUCGCGCAAGCAGAAAUUAUCCUUGUGAUGUGAAUGUAAACAACAUGGUUGACAACGCUCGGGAAGAGAGAAAAUUUUAUUUGAAACAGCUACGCCUUUAGUUAUGAAAUAAGUUAAUCUAAACCUGUUGUAUUGUUUAGUUUAACAUACAUACAAAAUAUAUUUUUUUAAAGACGCUCACAUACACCUGAGUUGUGAAUCCAGGAAUUAACGAAAAUAUGACGGAACACGAGAAGCGAACGAGAGUGGAUGACCUAUCACCAAAACGAUCUAAGGUUCAAGAGUCCUCCGCUAAAUCCGAUCAAGCGGUUGACACAAACUUGGAACUAGAUCCAGAUUUAAUGCUGGAGGUAGACAUUUCCCUAGACAACACUGACAGGACACAAUCUACGCAGAGUCGGAGGAUUUCCGCGAGAACUAAGUCUGUACCAAGGAGAGGGAUGUUUGCUGGCAGUGAUAGAAAUGGUCAGACCGGUAGAUCACCAGUUCAUAUUAAAACAAGAGCGAGACCUAUUAAACCACACGAGACUGAACCAUUUUUGAGCAUAGACAACCUCUCACCAGAUAAACUACAACAACUUAUGGCAGAAAAGGAAGCUAACUCUCCAUCUAAGAAUGAAUCCCGGAAAGAUCGACGAUCUAAAACGCCAGUGAUAUCAACCAAUCAGAACUAUCCAUUCUGGGCAACAGCAAAAUCCCCGUACAGCUCACCAAUUCCUCCAAGAAAAGUAUCUCAAAAAUCAGUUGGUGCUAAUGACAACCAGAAGUUGAAGUGGAGCUCUUCACGCGGUGGUGCACGAACACCCUCCUCCAUGAUUUUCCUGUCACCAAAUCCAACCUCCAAGGCAAACCAACAUAUCAAAUCACCAUUCAAGCAUGCCAUGCCGAAGAAAAAGGAUUUUGAUGACAGCUCCACCUUCAGUGAAAGGUCAAGUAUCCAGACACCAGCAGCGGAAAUGAAGGAACGAACUGCUGUAGCAACAUACUGUGUAGGCAGGGUGCUGUCUAAAGAGAGGGAAAAACCAGAACAGAGGAGAGCCCAGGGAAAACUGCUGAAGGGAAAAUCGGUCUAUCCUAUUGGUGAAUAUAUCUGGCUUAAGCCGUUGAAACCAGUAAAUGUAGAGGGACCUUCCAUUAAUAAUUGCAGAGGAAUACUUUCAGAUCACAUCACAGAAAACAGAAGUCCUGCCACCCCCGCAAACAGGACUCUGGCUCGGAGGAGAGAGCUGAUCCAGAGGAUCCCCAAUGUCCACGAAUACCUUUACGACAGACCUCGCACUGUGGAAUCAAUUCACAGAACAUCAGCUGCCUCCAGCAUAGACGAGAACAGAGAAUUCAAAGACGAUGAAGGAAGCCCUCCAGACACUAGCAGGAUGUCACCAAUCGAGUCUGAUAUCAAUAUGCCAGCAGCCCCACCGGCGUCUAUGGCAACAACCUAUAAAGUGGUGGAUGGAAUGCCUCAGCCAACACCCACCCCAAGGAAUCUGACAGAACUACAGUCCACAAGCACAAGAGAAAAUUUCCUGAAGAAAGGAGAUUCUGGCUCCGUUUUCAAUGAGAACAGCUUCAGACAACUGGAGCCGGAUAACACUCUGAUGACAAUGUUUGAAGAAACAGAGAGGCCAGAGACCCCUGGUGACAAAACUAAGAACGUCCGCUUCUCAGACGGGGUCAAUCCAGAAAAAACUGUCAAAGAGUCCACUGAAGGUGGUACACCGAAUGAAAAGGUCAUGAAUGUUGAAGUUACCAUCAAAGGUCAGGACAAGAAAGAUAAAAAAGAGAAGGGGAAGUCAACCUGUAAAAUGAGUGAUUCAAAUAAUGGGAAAAAGAAAGAUGGCGAUGAGGGUCCAGAUGGGCAAGGUGGUGGAGGACCAAAGGGAAACAACUCUAAUGAGAGAGAAACCAGUAGUCGUAACAGUGAAGGAAAGAGUCAGGCAAAGAAUGAGGAAAACAAGGAGAAUUAUGGGAAACAAAACAGUGGUAGUCCUGCAUCAGAAAAAUGUAACAAGGAACAGUUGAAAAUAGAGACAACACAGCUCCUGCCUAGUGAACAAGCAAAGAAAUUUAGUGCUAAUACGCAUUACACUUUAAUAUCGUCUAGUCAUGAAAUCUCAACACCAAGUGUAUUGAAUAUACAAAGUGUGAUUCAUGGAGGCUCAAUACAUCAACUUGUAGGUCCAGAAAGUCCACACCGUAGUAGAUCUCCAAGUCCAUCCAGAAGUCCAACUCGAAGUCCAUCCAGAAGUCAAAAUCGGAGUCCAACUCGCAGUCAAACUCCAAGCUCAGCCAAAUACAAAUCGGAUAAAACCAACAAGCUUAUUCGACCUUCUUCAGCCAACCAGCAAACUCGAAAGUCAAGGCGCAUGUCAAAAGAAUCUCAAAGUUCAACCAAUACUCUUACAGCAAGGAAAUCUAAAGUGCAUUUUGAAGGAGAGAAGCCACCCAGACAGUCUGUGUUUGUUGAAACUGCAGAGUGUGACAGAAUUUGUGUGGGUUUGAAGGAGGAAAGGGCCUUGACCUUUGAGGAGAUUGAGGCUGAAUUGAACUUUAUAAAAGAGGACAUUGAGGAGAGGAGGAAGUUUGAAGAUAUGGACAGGAUUUCUAUAGACAGUGAUGACCAGAGUGUGAUGGAGGAAGAAAAUAUGGAUUUAAUAUGUCUACCCACGGCAAAUGAACAUGAAAAUAUUAACGAAGACAUUAGUGAUUAUUCAUCCUUGUUAGAUGUGUAUCGUAAGAAGUGCAUGGAAGUAAGUGAGAAUUGUGGUGUCUUAAGUGAAGCUUUAACUUCUCCCAGGAGGAAUGUAACCAGACCCAGAAGUGGAGGAGAAUGGAAAGACAGAGGGGAACACAGAAACACCAGAAGCAGACGAAACAGUUUUCAUUUUGAGAGGACCUCUCGUAACAUCAGGAGUGAGACUCCAUCUUUGACAGAACACGGUGGUUUGAAGCACACCACGUCAGAGAUUUCUAUUGCAGACAGUGGGUACAGCAUGGCUUCUAGUGAUGUCAGUCGUAAGGAAGAGAGCACAGUUCCACGACUUCAUCUUCAGGUGGAGGAUAGCAGUGAUCUAGGACAGAUGGAAUCAGACAGAACUGAGGAUAAGACACUUCUGGAACUGGUCUGUGAUGAACUGCCUGACGUACAACAGAUACAGGCCUUUGGGGAUUUGUCAGAGAAGAAGCACCAGACUGAAAAAGUAGACCUUGAAGUCAUUGCUAAUCCAAAAGAAAUUCAAAAACCAAAAGUAAAGAGGAGGGCAGGUCCCACUCAGGCAGCCCCGUUUGCCCCGCUGUGCUUCACAGUCAAUGCCCGGCCUCCAGAUGGUUAUAUUUACUACUUUGCUUAUGGAGCAGACAUGAACCCUUCCAGAAUAUCAACAUACAUACAGAGGAAGGUAGAAAAUAGAUUUUGGGGAUUGCUGUUUGGGUUCAAUUUAGUUUUCAACAAAAAAGGCUCCGACCUUGAAGCUGGUGCAUUUGCCAACAUUGAGUUCAACCCAUUCUGUUCCACCGAGGGCUGUAUCUAUCAAAUAACUCCUCAGGAACUAGAACUUCUGGACAAAUUUGUAGGAUAUCCCAAGCAUUAUGAACACCUGAUGUUACCCGUGUGGAUGAUGAACUCGAAGGAAAGCGAUGAGUUUGGGGUGGCCCAGUAUUGUGUGCCAGCUGUGAUGUAUAUCGCACAGCAGGAGUGGAUCGCAAAGGAUGAAGAGAAACUGAACUGUGAUUAUGCACUGAUGCAAUGCAUUAAAAGUUCUGAUCUGGUAACCCCCGACUACAGGGAGUAUCUAGUGAACAAAGGAGGACCAAUAGAAAUCAAGUCUUAAAACACCACCCUCGAUACGAAGAAAUCAAGACUUAAACCACGACCCUCGAUACGAAGAAAUCAAGACUUAAACCACGACCCUCGAUACGAAGAAAUCAAGACUUAAACCACGACCCUCGAUAUGAAGAUGUUUAAUCAUUCCCUUAGAUGGAAGACCAUGCUGUAAUCAAGAAUAGGCUGUUUAGUUACUUGCAGUAUAAGGCCAGUGGAAUCUAGUUUACACAAUCAUAGAUUUGUGAUUGAUAACUGAAGUGAAGGAAGACUUAACAAUAAGAAAUACCUGCAGAGAUAAAUCUAUUGUGACGUUUUGUGAUAAUUUGAAGGAUGUGCCAUGACUAUAGACAAAGAGUGAAGUGUGAUGUCAAUUGUCUUAGAUGGAAACAGAUGUGCUAGACAGCUUUUUUUUUUUUUUUGUAUUUCUUGCAUUUAAGAAAUGAUAGCAUUUUAUAUAUUUACAGGAAUUUUUGUGAUGUACCAUACCUCCCAAGAGGAAGUUUUUUUCUUCCAUUAUUUACAGUACGACAUAUUGACAUUCCAUGACACAUGUAUACAAGUGAUAUGCUUCUGUAAGCCAUGUUUUGAAGCCUGUGAUAAGUUUUUAUACGGAUCGUUAUUUGCAUUUACUAGUAUAUACUAACCCCAGUAUUACCACGAUUCAGGGAGACAUGCAGCUAUAUACUGACGGACUAAUUAUCGGCUGAAUAUGACUCGGCAUUUUGUGACUUUUUUCUCCUGGAUUUAUUACGAAUUCAGACCUCAUAUCAAUGUCUAUUUGUUACAUGGAAAUGCAAGUUCUGUGUUUAUUUUCAUGUUGCAAGUCUAAACUGUUUGACAGUAGUGGUUUUGAUCUAGAAUGUAUGAAUUUAUUAAUCUCUUUUGCUCUGUUAGUUAUGAUUUAUACCGCAGACUGUGUUUUGCUUUGGGCAAUUUUUAUCAAAGUUUGAAUUACAACAUAAUAUACUUACAUUGUUGUAUUUUCACUCACCAGAGAGAAAGUGCCAUUGGGAAUACUGCAAUGACACCCUGGUUUACAUAAUCUGUGUGACCUUGACAUUUGAACUCCCAAUUCAACACGACCUGUUAACAAAUUACCAGUAUACGAUUUGGAAUAAUCAUUAUUUUGAUCAUUAUACAACAUACUACUUGCAGCUAGAUUUUGGCAGAUGAAACAUUCAUCACGUGCAAUUCCAGCUGUAGCUCCCUGGAAGAUCAGAUUCAUUUGUCCAAUAUCUUCCCAGAGCUAAAGAUCUGCACUGAGUGCAAUUUUGAAUUCAUGUUUUGAGAUACCAUAUCUCUAUUAAUAUAAGUGAAAUUAUUUGCUCCAAUUUUUUUCAAAUUAAACAAAAGCGAUAUGCAUGAAUAUUCUCUUGAAAGUAAACUGAAUUGUCUCCCUUUACAAUAAACACAUAUACAAAUAA